CAAACCAUGAAUUACGUCGGACAGUUAGCAGGGCAAGUGUUUGUAACUGUGAAAGAGCUCUAUAAGGGACUAAACCCAGCCACGUUGUCAGGAUGUAUAGAUAUAAUUGUUGUACGUCAGCCAGAUGGAAAUCUUCAGUGUUCUCCUUUCCAUGUACGGUUUGGGAAAAUGGGAGUCCUACGUUCUAGGGAGAAAGUGGUUGACAUAGAAAUUAAUGGAGAGGCUGUAGAUUUGCACAUGAAACUAGGAGACAAUGGAGAGGCUUUUUUUGUGCAGGAGAUGGAUAACGAUCAGGAGGUAAUUCCUUAUCAUCUCUCCACAUCUCCCAUUCUGUCUGAGGGAACUGCUUUAAUGGAAGCUCAGCUGAAGAGGAACUCCAUAGACAGGAUAAGAAACCUGGACACCAGUGCAUCCUCGCAAGUACCACCCCAAGCCCAUGGAUCCCAGCCUUCUACUGAAACAUCUCCAGUCUGUAGCUCUGUGAAAAAAAGGAGGAAAAAGAGGAGAAAGUCUACCCAUAAAAUAGACAGCUUAAAAAGAGAAGACAAUGGAGACACGUCAGAAGAUGAAGACAUGUUUCCUAUAGAGAUUAGCUCAGAGGAAGAAAAAGAACCAUUGGACAAUUCAAGGAUCCCUGUUCCAGAUGUGUUUGUUGAUGAAGUAUCUGACAUAAAUGCUCCUGCAGUUUCUACAUUUUCUCAGUCUGCAUCUUACCCCCAUUCAGAUGGAGAAUGGUCACCUCUUCACAGCCCAUCAGGUUCACGCCCUCCUACGCCUAAAAGUGACUCAGAAUUAGUCAGUAAACCUAUGGACAGAAGUGGACUGAAGAAUAAUCCCCACAUGCACUGGGCCUGGGGAGAACUACCCCAGGCUGCAAAGGCCAGUUCUCCGCUCAAAGCAAAGGAACCCAGCAUGGUGGAUGUAAAUCCUUCUGAAAGCACUCACUUUCGGGUCAUCCAAAGUUCUCCUAUAGAGGAGUUUAACACUGUGUCUCCUCUGCUUGCCCUUGGACAAGCAGAUGCAGCAACUGCUGAUGAAAGUGAGCCCUUACCAGCUGAGACAAAUAAGCCAGAGACUGAGUCUCCAGGAGCAGCUGUACCACCGUUGCCUGCCAAUGAAGAAAUAAAACAAUCUGCAGCUUGCUCAGCCCAACCAGCUGGCAAGACAGAUUCCCCUUCCAGAAAGAAAGACAAACGAAGCCGGCAUCUUGGUGCUGAUGGUGUCUAUUUAGAUGACCUCACUGACAUGGAUCCAGAAGUUGCUGCACUUUAUUUUCCCAAGAAUGGGGAUAACGUCCAAAGCAAGAACACAAACGACACGGGGCCGCGGUCUGCCAGCCAGUCUCCGCAGUCUGUUGGGAGCUCAGGUGUUGACAGUGGAGUUGAAAGCACCUCGGAUGGAAUUCGGGACUUGCCCUCCAUUGCCAUUUCUCUCUGCGGGGGCCUUACUGACAACAAAGAAAUAACCAAAGAAGAAUUCUUAGAACAUGCAGUAACAUAUCAGCAGUUUGUAGACAAUCCUGCUAUCAUCGACGACCCUAACCUCGUGGUUAAGAUUGGAAAUAAGUACUACAACUGGACGACAGCUGGUCCCCUUCUGCUGGCAAUGCAGGCAUUCCAGAAACCUUUGCCAAAGGCCACUGUGGAAUCUAUAAUGAGGGACAAGAUGCCCAAAAAAGGUGGAAGGUGGUGGUUUUCAUGGCGAGGGAGGAACAGCACUAUUAAAGAGGAAACAAAGCCAGAGCAAGGUAUGAGUGGGAGUGGACUUACAGGAGAAGACUCUUCACAGAUGAGCAUGGCAAACAGAAUAAAAGAUGAAUCUUCUUCAAGCGAUGAAGACCCUAGAGCUGCCAAACAAAACCUCGGGUCAUUACAAACCAGCUCAAGUCAUCUUUCAUUAUUGUCUGGAAUCAGUUACAAAAAAACACUUCGACUCACUUCUGACCAGCUUAAAAGCUUAAAGCUCAAGAAUGGCCCCAAUGAUGUGACCUUCAGUGUUACAACACAGUAUCAAGGCACUUGCCGUUGUGAAGGCACCAUUUACCUAUGGAAUUGGGAUGAUAAAGUUGUUAUUUCUGACAUUGAUGGAACAAUCACACGGUCAGAUACUUUAGGUCAUAUUUUGCCAACUCUUGGCAAAGACUGGACACACCAAGGGAUUGCGAAGUUGUACCAUAAAGUGAGCCAAAAUGGAUACAAGUUUUUGUAUUGCUCAGCACGCGCUAUUGGAAUGGCAGACAUGACCAGAGGAUACUUGCACUGGGUCAAUGAACGAGGAACUGUGCUGCCUCAAGGGCCAGUGUUGCUGAGUCCAAGCAGCUUGUUCUCAGCUUUUCACAGAGAGGUGAUAGAAAAGAAGCCAGAAAAAUUUAAAGUUCAGUGUUUGACAGACAUCAAAAAUUUGUUUUAUCCUAACACCGAGCCUUUUUAUGCUGCUUUUGGAAACAGACCUGCUGAUGUUUAUUCAUACAAACAGGUGGGAGUUUCUUUAAACAGAAUAUUUACAGUUAACCCCAAAGGAGAACUUAUACAAGAGCAUGCAAAGACAAACAUCUCAUCCUAUGUCAGACUGUGUGAAGUGGUAGAUCACAUUUUCCCUUUGCUGAAAAGAAGCCAUUCUUCAGACUUCCCUUGUUCUGAUACCUACAGUCAGUUCACCUACUGGAGAGAACCUGUACCGCCUUUUGAAACUCAGGAUAUACAUCCAGCCUCAUCUUAACCACAUCUCCAAACUGCUGCCCUCAGCUCAAAGAAUGGGUUAGCUUGUAUUGAAAGGACAGCACUUGGCUUUUGCUGUUGACAGUUCAGCUGGAAUCUGUGAUGUUGUGAGCAUUGUAUUCUUUUGCUGUGAGCAAAUUUAGAAAUGCUUUUUCAUGCUUAGUCACGUUUCCAGACGACAAGGAGUCUUACUAGGAACAGGAGUUGUGUUUCUAGCUCUUCACCCAGCUCCUCAAAUUGUGUCAUACAGUUUCAUUAUUUAAGGUCAAAUAAAAGUGCUGUGACGUUGGAGUGGUGGUUAAACAUGCCGUAGGGUUGUAAAGUGUUACUGUACCUCUUCUGCAUCACGGAAGUCAUCUUGCAUCUCGUCAGAACCCUCUGCAAGUCAGGGAGCUGAAGGUGCUCGCCAGUCCUGACAUGGUCUGGUUGACACGGACAGGGGUUGCAACCCAAAUGCCAAAAUUUCUUUCUCUGAAGGAGCAAAUGAUUCUUCAUCUUUCCCCUUGCUUGACCAACAACUGUUAGUUGUAAAUCAGUGUAGCUAUCAAAGCCAAUUGAGCUGUGUUGAUUUAUUCCAGCUUGUUUUGACAUAGUAACACUUUUCUGAGGAAAUAAGUGAUGUAUAUGCUAAAUAAAAUUUAGAAUUAGCAAAUUAAAUAAGAUGGCCAGAUUCUGGCAGUCUUUCUCAAUUUGAGCUUCAAGAAUAGCUACUUGGAUUAAAGCAAGCGUGCAAGUGGAAGAUGCAGGCCACUGUGCGUAGCGCCCAUCUUAACGAAGUCAGUGAUUUUCAGUAAAGACAUCCACCAAAUGUGCUGAGUUUCAAGGUGGUUACUGAGCCAAGAGUGCUAAGGAUUUUGUCAAAACGUAAUGGUUUUAUUUGAAACAUUAUUUUGUCUAAAAUGUGAACUUUGAUGCUGUUGAAUGAUGCAUCUCAGGUUUUUAGUGUAUGGAUUUUUUUUGAUUUUUGUAUCAUAAAGAAUGGAUGCUUUUAGUGCAAUUUACUCUCCUCUGAGGUAAUGAAAUCUCCUCUUUCAUCUUUAUUUUCCUUAUUUGUCCAGACACAAGCUGUAGAUACUGUUUUUGCUACCUGCUUUUGACUGCCUUAAGACUUAACUGUGCGUGCUAAAAGCAAUACUGCAGAUCAGUUGAUAAUGUUUUCCAAAUGGUCUGCCUUUACACAAUGCGAUACUUACAAUGUAGGCAUCAAGUGACCAUAUGCCAAAUGUUCCUCAAAUGUGCUUGUAGCUAGGAAAGAAACUUUUUUUUUUCCUUUUGAAAUAUAUGUAAAAGGCUAAUUGUGCUCUGAAGCACAGAAAAUGGCAUCGUGGGAUUCCAUGUAUAUUGUAUUUCAAGAUGGCUAAAACAGUGGUUCUCAAGCUGUGGUCUCUGCCAGCUUGUGAUCUGUGAGGCUAUGGUACGUGUUUUGCAGCUGUUUUGUAGUGUUUUCAGUUACGAGUUUAAUAAUAGGAAGGCAGAGUGGUCCAGGAGAAAUUUUAAUAUGUGAUUGUGAUCAGUUAGCACCCAGAAGUUUGGGAACAGCUGCUCUGUCUCACAUUUGUUCUGUUUCAACAAAUUCUGGUUUUGCAUGUCAAGAGUGAUAGCAAUGUAGGUAGGUUGGUAACUCUCUGGUAGGGGGUUUCUAACUUUUAGUGCUUUUGUGGGAUGUCGGGGCCAAUUCAUGAUUUCUCUGUGCCUUCAGUAGUAAUGAAUAUAAGUGCAAUCCUUUGUACAGCUGCAGUGUGCAGUGGUGAGCCCUCCCUAAGUCUUCCUUUUCACAAGAAUGUUGCUGCUUCAGGCAAGGUGCGUGCCCCCUUUGGAGAUACCAGGAUCAGACAAACGCAAAGAGGAAGAAAUGCAUGCGUAACAGCCCAGACUGAUUAUGCUCUCCUGAAAGUUUAAGGAAAAUGCAAAUAUCUUCUUACUUAUAGAUGGAAGAAACGUGGUAUGGAUUUCCUGAAAGACAAUCAGUGGGGACCACGGCUUGCCAAAUGAGAUGGUUGCAUCU